UGCAUUGCUGGUGUGUAUUCAUAAUCUUUUUAAAUACUAACAGAUUUGAAUUUUGUUUCUGCAAAAUUGAAGGGUUUUCUCUUUUCAUUCUGUCAUUUGGGAUCGUUAUACGUUCUAUUGAUUGUCUUUUGAAGAUCAAUUCUGGGCUACACGAGCUUUGUUUUUUCCUCUGACGCCUGUAGCGUAGAUCUAAACUUGUUUAGUGGCUGUUGUGAUUAAUUUCUACAUGGGAACGUUGAUCCUAGUAUUUUUUUUUCUUAUUAAUUUUCACUAUUUGAAUUCUUAUACACUCUGUGGUCUAAAAUAUUGGAUUAAACUGGUUAUUGUAUUAGCUAUGAUAGCCUUUGAUUUUACUUAAAAUUUUCCUAAGUGAUCGAUGCAUGUGAUUGACCUCCUACUGAUCUUAAUUCUAUUUCAAAUAGACGAUAAUGGGUUGUUUGAGAUUUUUUAAUUCUUAUAUGGCAAUGUUGUUGCAGGAGUCUUGCCCUUCCCUGAAAAAUAUCCUUCUAUUGGAUUCUGAAGGGAAACGUGUAGCUGUUAAGUACUAUUCAGAUGAUUGGCCAACAAACAGUGCCAAGGAAGCUUUUGAGAAAUGUGUAUUUUCCAAAACUCAGAAGACUAAUGCCCGCUCUGAGGCGGAGAUAACAAUGCUCGAGAAUAACAUCAUUAUUUACAAGUUUGUUCAAGAUCUUCACUUUUUUGUUACUGGGAGUGAAGAUGAAAAUGAGCUCAUAUUAGCCGCAGUGUUUCAGGGGUUCUUUGAUGCAGUUGGCCUUCUCCUAAGGGGCAAUGUGGACAAGAAGGAGGCACUUGAGAAUCUAGAUCUCAUUCUAUUAUGCCUUGAUGAAAUUGUUGAUGGCGGAAUAAUUCUAGAAACUGAUGCAAAUGUCAUUGCGGGGAAGGUAGCAAGUAAUAGCAUGGAUGCUGGAGCUUCAUUAUCUGAGCAGACAUUAACUCAAGCACUGGCCACUGCGCGUGAACAUCUAACUAGAUCCCUUCUUAAAUAAUAGGAGAGAAGUGAAGAGAGUUCACAUAUUUGUAAUUUUAGGUGUUUCAAGGUUUUUUUUUUUUUUUUGGUUAAUAGAGGAUGCUUGCUACACGGGCUGCUAACAGCUCCCAGUUUUUGUGAUUGAUCUUCUUUUGGUUUACAUUUUACUCUUUGGAGAUCAAAAGAAAGCGUUGCUAUUUGCGGAUUAAUUUCACUUACAAAAGGUUAUUGACACUGCUGCUACUGCAUCUUUAUACACAAUAAUAAUGUCUUUUAUCUUAA